ACUGAAAACAGUAUCAGAGAGAAGAGGAGAGAGAGAGAGAGAGAGAGAGAGAGAGAGAGAGGGGAAAGUUCAGAGAGUUAAUGCAGGAAGGUAUUAGAUCUGUUUAACUAAAGAGAUAACAGGAAGAGAUAGGGGCACACAAUCAUUCGUUAGGGCUUUUAUUACUUCUACACCAACUUUGAGAGAGCAAAAAGCUGAGAGAAAGAAAAUUAAAGCCGAAAGGAAAUGGACGCAGCAGGAGGGCCACCUCCACCGGCCGACGCUGUAAUGACGGAUGCCCAGCCUGACCCGCAGCCACAGCAACCGCAACCGCAACCGGAACAGGCCAUGGGGAUGGAGAACAUAUCGGCGACGUUGAGUCACGGAGGGAGAUUCAUUCAGUACAACAUCUUCGGCAACAUCUUUGAGGUUACAGCCAAGUACAAACCCCCCAUCAUGCCCAUCGGCAAAGGCGCAUACGGCAUCGUUUGCUCGUUUUUGAACUCGGAGGCGAACGAACACGUGGCUAUAAAAAAGAUUGCGAAUGCGUUCGACAACAAGAUCGACGCCAAGAGGACUCUCAGGGAGAUCAAGCUGCUUCGCCACAUGGAUCAUGAAAACGUUGUUGCAAUCAGGGAUAUAAUACCACCCCCACAGAGGGAGGCAUUUAACGAUGUUUAUAUUGCCUAUGAGCUAAUGGACACUGACCUGCAUCAGAUUAUUCGUUCCAAUCAAGCAUUGUCAGAGGAGCAUUGUCAGUAUUUCCUAUAUCAGAUCCUCCGUGGAUUGAAAUACAUACAUUCUGCAAAUGUUCUGCACAGAGACUUAAAGCCCAGCAAUCUUCUUUUAAAUGCCAAUUGUGACUUGAAAAUAUGUGAUUUUGGACUAGCUCGUGUCACCUCCGAAACUGAUUUUAUGACAGAAUAUGUCGUUACAAGAUGGUACCGUGCACCAGAACUGUUAUUGAACUCUUCAGAUUACACUGCUGCUAUUGAUGUAUGGUCAGUUGGUUGUAUUUUCAUGGAGUUGAUGGAUCGAAAGCCCUUGUUUCCUGGUCGAGAUCAUGUGCAUCAGCUAAGUUUGCUGUUGGAGCUGAUUGGCACCCCUUCAGAGGCCGACUUGGGGUCCUUGAAUGAAAAUGCUAAAAGGUAUAUUCGGCAACGUCCUCUUCACCGUCGGCAGUCCUUCACUGAAAAGUUUCCUAAUGUCCAUCCUUCAGCUAUUGACCUUGUUGAAAAGAUGUUGACAUUUGAUCCCAGACAGAGGAUUACUGUUGAAGGCGCAUUGGCUCAUCCCUACUUGACGUCUCUGCAUGACAUCAGUGACGAGCCUGUGUGCAUGACUCCCUUCAGCUUUGACUUUGAGCAGCAUGCACUGAGUGAGGAACAGAUGAAGGAGCUGAUAUAUAGGGAGGCUCUUGCAUUUAACCCCGAGUAUCAGCCACAAUGAGGAGUCAUGCUUUGUUUAGUCAUCGUGAUUUGAUCAGUGUGGUCUCUCUGGUUUAUAUAACUCGGGUGAUUGAUUUCUUACUGUACAUAUUGUUCCAUUCCAAAAUGGGGUGGAUCUGGAGUUGAUUUACUUUGGGCAGAAUUCAGGGACUGGAACAAAUAUAAUGGAAUCUGCAUCGCUGUUUACCCUUUCA